AUGGCGCUCGCAAACCCUGUUGUUGCCUUUGUAGAUUCUGCUGCUGCUGCUGCUCCUGUUGUUGCCCCCGAUCCCACUCCCGACCCCACUCCCGAUCCCAUUCCCGAUCCCGAUCCCGAUCCCGAUCCCCAGCGCAACCCCCCCGAGCGGCCAAGAACAGCAGCAUCAAGCGGGGUUUCUAAGCCUGUAGGAACACGUAGAGGGAGACGCCUGAGAGAUAUUUGGCUGACUCAGGUAGGAAUAGUAUUCGGCAGAGUCAGAGACGGCGUUUGGCGAAGGCAGCGGCAGCCGCAGCCGCAGCAGCAGCAGCAGCAGCAGCAGCAGCAGCAGCAGCAGAAACCCCAGGAGCAGCAGGACGAGCAAGUAGGGGAGGAGGAGCAGCAGCAGCAUCAGGAAGAGGAGGAGCAGCAGGAGGAGGAGGAGGAGGAGGAGGAGGAGGAGCUGCAGGAGGAGCAGCAGGAAGAGGAGGAGGAGCAGCAGCAGCAGCAGCAGGGGGAGGAGCAACAGGAGCAGCAGCAGGAUCCGCAGCAAGAGCAGCAGAACAACGGCCCGCUGCAGGACCUGCAGCACUACGUGCUGCAGCACAGAUUCUCCUCAUGGCUUCGUAGGCUGCCCUUUUCUAAGCCGAAGAAUAUACAGCCAAGACCAUUCAAACUAGCAGCAAUUGCUGCUGUUCUGCUGCUGCUCCUCGCUCUAUUCAGGGGUUCCUCUGAGCAAUCGCAGCAGGAAAAGAAGCUGCGCGGCAAGCACAAUCAGGAGCAGCAACAGCAGGAGCAACAAUACGAGCAGGAGCAGCAAGACGAGCAACAAGACGAGCAGCAAGACGAGCACCAAGACGAGCAGCAAGACGAGCAGCAGCAGGAGCAACAAGACGAGCAGCAGCAGGAGCAACAAGACGAGCAGCAGCAGGAGCAGCAAGACGAGCAGCAGCAGGAGCAGCAAGACGAGCAGCAAGACGAGCAGCAGCAGGAGCAGCAGCAGGAGCAGCAAGACGAGCAGCAGCAGGAGCAGCAGCAGCCAGGUACAGAGCCCCAGCCUACUGAUGCAGCAGCUGCGAAAGAAGACGCAAAGCAGGAGCGGGGGCCCACUGAAGAAGCAGAAGCAGCGUCAGGAGCAGCAACAGAAGCAGGAACAGCAACAACAGCCCUUGAACGCGAGAAGCAGGAAGAUGAAGAAGCGGCAGCAGCAGCAGCAGCAGCGGCUGCUGCUGCUGCUGCUGAAGAGCAGGAAGCAUACGCGGAUCUGGACUCUCCGGAGGUACGCGAAGCAGCAGCAGAAGCAGCAAAGCUGAAGACAGAAGCAGCAGCAGCAAACACAAAAGCUCUUAGAGCUAAAAGGCGGAGCUUCGAAGCAGCAGCAGUUUCUCUGGUGGACGAAGCCUAUGCGACCUUAGCAGCAGACGAAGCGGAAGCAGCAGCAGCAGCAGCAGCACAAGCAGAGGCAGCAAUAGCAGAAGCAAAUGAGUGGGCCGCAGCAGAAGCGCAGAGAGCUAGCGAAGCAGCUAAAUUCGCCAGUCAAGCAAGGAGCACUGCAGCAGCAUCAAAAGCAGCAGCAGCAGCAGAGGUAGCAGCAGCUAGUGCAGCAGCAGCUGAAGCAAAAGAAGCAGAAGCCGCCGCAGAAGCAGCAAAAGAUUCACGCAGUGCAGCAGAAGAAGCAGAAGCAGCGAAGAAGAGAGCACGGGUGUGUAUAACAGCAGCGCGUGUAGCAGCACAAGACGCAGUGGCCGACGGGGAGAGGGCAGCGAAUGCAGAAGCAGAAGCUGCAGCAGCAGCAGCAGCAGCAGCGCAAGCAGCGCAAGAUGCAGACGCAGCGGUAGCAAACGCAGCAACAGCAGCAGAAGCUGCUGUUGCUGCAGCAGCCAAGGUUGAGAGGUUGCAGGCUGCUGCUGCUGCUUCCUCUUUGGUUAGUACGCAGAAGAGCGAACAAGCAGCAGAGGCGAUGGCAGCAGCAGCAGCAGCAGAAGCUGCAGCAGCUGCAGCAGCAAAGAAGCUGGAUGCAGCACGGCGAGCUGCGGAGCUAAAGCUGUUCUCAUACGGUUUGCCUGGUUAUCUCUAUGAUCAAUUAAGAGAGAAGGGAGAGACAGUUGCUGCUGCACAGCGGCUUCUAGCUCUCUUAGAUUGGGAGACAGGCAAUAAUAUAAAGAAUCAGCUGAAGGAUGCUAUGAGUAAAGCGUUUGAGUUAAAGAGAGCUGGGCAGACAGCUGAGAGUGCAGCAGCAGCAGAAGAAAGUUUUGCUCUGCUGCAGCAGCAUCUAGAAGAUGUUGAGAAGCUUGUUACUUCUUUGAUAUCGCAAGCAGCAGCAGCAGCAGAAGAAGGCCUUGCUGCUGUGCCGGAGACUGUUGAUCCUGGGCCCUGGGUUAGCGAUAUGGAGACACUAGAAGAAGCUAACGACUAUAACCAUUCUGUCUCUGUUACUCUAAUCUCUUUGCAUGAAGAACAUGAAGCAGUGCUAGAUAGAGCAAGGAGAACCCUAGACAGCUUGAAGAGAAUCGUCUCCUUGGACGCAGUUAACAGCGAAACUGUCUCUAUUGCAGCAGAUCUCGGUGCAUCUCUGAUGGAAGCAGCGCAGCAGCUACAUGAGGGUGUAUCUACAAUGCAGCAGCUGCAGCAAGACUUAGCAGAUUCUUCGCGUUCUCCUUAUACAUCUGCUCGGAGCGACAGAGGUAGAUGGCUAGACAGCCAGUUUGAAUUAGUUGGGGGUACAAUGAAAGCUAUGCUUAUCAAGAUGAAGAGAAGAGGAGAAGAAGAUACAGCAGCAAAGUUAGCAGACCUGCAACGGAUAUUACAAGAAGCAGACUCUUUAACUGCUGUACAUGGGAAGCUACAAGAGCGCCUGGAGGAGUGCAGUACACCUGAGGAGAUGUUAGAGAUAAACAAUGAAGCUGCAGGUAUUGAGAGUUUAUUAGACGAGCUAUUAAAUACUCUUAUAGCAAAUGCAGAGGCAUUACCCCCGGUGCAGCAGCUUGCACACUUCGGAGAUAUACCUACACAAAGAGUCUUAUUAGAAGCCCUCCGAGAUGUUAAAGAAAGCUUCAGCGAUGAUAAAUUUGAUAUAGAGAAAGGUAUGGUGUACGUAUGCAGUUCUUUAGGCGAAACAUUUCCUGCGUUAGAUCUGCCUGAAGAUGAAUGGACCCACAGGGUGUCUAGGCAGGUUGUACAAGAGUUAAGGCUAGAGAUGGAGGAGAUAGAUGCUUAUGCUAGUUCUCUUGAGCGUAGCUUUAAUAGUCGUACAGCCCGUCUUGAGAUGCUUUCACUUCUAGGGAGGGGUACCCCAGCAGAGUCAUUGAUAGCAGCAAAGCAUGAAGCAGAAGAAGCAUUAGAAGAUGUUAUCGAACUUGGUGCAACAGCAGCAGAUACGUGGCAGCUUGGUGCGGACUACGAUCAUCUUGCUGCAAUAGAGAAGCACCUGCAGCAAGCAGUAGAUACAUAUUCUACUAUCCCUUCGUCUUUGCUGCUACAAGAGACGCCUGAGGCCGAGCAUGCACAGCAGUUGCUUACUACAUGCUUACGAGCAGUAAUAGCAGCAGGUAAAGUUUCUGAAGCACCCCAGGUAGCUGAGGCUGCUGCUGUUGCACGCCGCAGCUCUAAUGAACUUAAAGAUUAUCUGCUCUACUUAGCAGACGGAAGGAUUGGACAAAUGCAGCAACAUGAGGAGACAGAGGAUGAUGUUCAGACAGACAUUGAAGAUGUCUUUGCCCCCCCAGAGCAGUUUAAUCUCAGGGAAUGA